CUACCUGUAAAGGUUUUCGCAUUGGUGGUAUAUAAGGUGUUGACUUAUUAGCAGUAAUUCAGUUUGCAAGUGGACAACAAGCAGCACAAUGAUUAACCGCCGUCAGCGUUUGGAAUUCGCCCUGACCCUAUUGCCCUAUGAUCCCGAGACAGUUCAGUUGUCUGAAACGCAGAAAAAAGUGGAGGCGAUCAUCGCCCGCCUGCGAACGGAUGACUCCUUUACGGAGGAGGAGAGCGAUGACUGCAAGGUGCGGCGCAUUCAAGAUGCAAAUGAGUUUGCCGAUUCCGCCAUGCGACACAUCGAAAUGUCCGAUAGUGGCAAGCUGAGCACUCUGGAAACUCUUACACUGGCUGCUGAGAAGCUGCUAAGGACACAGCGUUCACCGGAUCAGGAUUUCGAUGACAUGGUGCAGGAUGUGGAGUACUCGCAGCUGAUGAGGAACACCAUCCAGGCGGUAAAUGAGGCGCGUUUGAAGCUUCUCCAGCAAUGGGAGCGCAGUAAGCGCAAGGCUCUCGAUCUCCUCACCAUCGAAAUUGAAAAGGUCCAGGAAAUGGAUCAGGAGCCAGAGCACAAACAGUCUCAUGAGCAGGACCAGGAUCAGGAGCAGAGUUCGGAGCCUUUUAACGCGUUUCGCGAUGGAGCCGAUGAGCACAACACCUCGACGCCGAAAACAAACGACGAAGAUCUUGGUUUGGACGAUGACGAUGAGGACUAUGUGCCCGGCGGAGAAGAGACAAUGGGUAACAAGAGGAAGCGUAUCAAGAAACCGGUGACCUCCACUCCGAAUGCGAAACGGCGGUGUCCUGGUUUCGAAUUCGACCUGGACGGCGAAUCGCCGAUGGUGACGAUCGGUCCCAAUGGCACCGAAGUUUCCCGCAUUAGCCUAAGUGCCAUCAACUGGGACAUGACCGGACCCUCGAUCACGAGGAAGCUGCUCUGCGAGAUCUUCGACCGGGAUACACUGGCCCAUCAUACGCUAUCCGGAAAACCAUCGCCGGCAUUUAGGGACUGUGCCCGUCCCAGCAAACAGCAGCUGGAUCCGCUCAAGGUGGCCGAUCUGGUCUAUCUGAUGACUAACAGCCUGGACAUGACUCCGCGGGAAGUGCGCACUGCCAUCACCACCAAAUGUGCGGAUGAAAACAAGAUGCUACGCUCGCGAAUGCAGCGCAAAUCAAAGUAGGAAACUUUUCCAUGGAAACUCCCUGGGAAAGACCUCCUUUUUCAUUUUCUAGGAAUGAAUUCCCGAAAGUAGGUCCAUUUACCCGUUAAAACCCUAAUUCUGAUUCUACAGUAUACUAAGUCCCGGCACAGCCGAUAACACCAAUUGAAUAAAGAAACCCACUUUCUUACCC